AUGGCUAUCUCGGCCGCACGAGACGUCCCGACCGCGGCGACGAAUACCACGCCGCCGAAGACAUCGAUAGAUACAUCGACGAGCAGCUCGCUGAACCAGAAAGACGCGGAUAACAUUGACAGCACGGCGGAAUUCGCAGGAGAAUUAGAUACGAAUGAUAAGAUCCCGUCGCAGGCGGUGCUGAAGAAGAUAGAGGGGUUGGUGGUGCUGGAUAAAGAUGGGAAGACGGUGCCGUUUAAGGAUAUAUACAAUGGACCUAAUGUCGCGCGACGGGUGCUGGUGAUUUUCAUACGGCAUUUCUUUUGUGGUAACUGUCAAGAAUUCGUCCGCACCCUCACAUCCUCCAUCACCCCCGACUCUCUCCUCACCCUCCCCACACCCACCUUCAUCGCCAUCAUCGGCUGCGGCUCCCCCAGUCUGAUCCCCAUGUGGUACGAGAAAACCGGCUGUCCAUUCCCGUGCUACGCGGAUCCAACCAAAAAACUCUACGACGAACUCGGCAUGCUGAAGACGCUGAAUCUGGGCAGUCGACCGGAGUAUCAGCGGCAGGGCCUGGUCACGUUGAUGACGGGCGCGUUCGUGCAGAGUUUAAAGGCUAUUAAGAGCGGACGGGUUUUCCAGGGCGGUGGGUAUCAGCAGGUUGGCGGCGAGUUUCUUUUUGAGCCGCUCGAGGGGGGAACGCCGAUGUUGAGUCCGGAGGAGGUGGUGGGCGAGAGCGAGCGCAGCGAGCAAGAGCUUAGUGAGUCGGUGUCCCGCGACCAUGAACGCACUGAAUUCAGCGCCGGGCUCAAGGCUCUGCGUAAUGGUGAUGUGGGACGCGGACCGUAUGCGGAGGAGAAACGGAUUACAUGGUGUCACCGUAUGCGCACGACGCGCGACCAUGCUGAGAUUCCGGAGAUCAGGGAGGUGCUUGGGUUGGAUGGGGAGGGGACGCCUGGACGGGAUCGCAAGAGGUGGGAGGGUGCUGUGAGGACGAGGAAGGGGACGGGGUUGAGUGGGAGUGGGAGUCGGGAGAGGGGGGCGUAG